UACAUGGUGAAUUGUUACUUUUAAUACGUAAUAUAUAUUACGUGGUUUGAAUGCUUUGGCAAUAUAUUUUGUUAAAAUAUUUUUUUUAUGAAACUGCACUGUGGGUCUAUAAAAAUACGGUUUGUUGAGUGAAGGUUUAGCUUUUUGAGUAGUUGCUAGAGCGCACCAUGUUUGCAUUUAUGCAUAUAGUUAUGUUGUAAACAGUUUCAUAUGUCUACAGUAUUUAAAUGUGUGUAUAUAUAUACAAGAACCGUUUGCUUUACUUAAAUGUAAACUAAUAUUGAUUUUAUUUCCCCUGAUAUUGUAUUGAUAAAUUUCGAUUCAUAAACUGUGAUGUCAUGUAGAAUACACAUGCUCGACAAGAAGGAAUAAUUUGCCUGGUUAUGUAAAUCAUUUGCUCAACCAGUAAUGACACGAAUCUUAUUUACAGCAUGGAGCUGUCAAUGUUUCUCUGAAUCAAAAGGUAUAUUACCAUAUUUAUAAGUUAAACUUGGUUCAUCCUCAGAUUCAAAUUGGGGGAUUUUACAAGCAUAAUUUAGUCAAAUGGGACACUGGUUAUAUGUAUCCAAAUGAGGACACAUGCUGUGUUUUGUUUCAUGUCAGAGCUUCCAGCCAACGAAUGAACAUUAUAUAUUAAAUGAUGCUAAUACAUGUAUUACAGUAAUCAAUAUUUUUCUUUCAUGAAAUAGUAGCAGAAAUUUUUUAAAUUUAUAAUCAUCGAGGGCAUGCUGGCUGUAAAGUGUUCUCUUCAUUCCAUGAAAUUUGCACCCUUUUAUCGACACCGAAGAUAUCAAUACUCUAUAUCUAGGUUCGACAAAUAUUAGUUGUAGACUGUAAUUGCAUGCUAUAUAUGUACGUAAUGUACAAACCAGACAUGGAAAGGACGAUCUUUGAAGAAAUGUUAAACCGAAAUUGUUCAGAGCUUCAAAUAUUGACUCUCAGCUCUGACCCAAGUUACCACAUGCUCUAUAAGGACCUCUGCAACUCAUCGGACGAUAACCAAACGUCGAACUACAGUCUGCCAGUUGAGUUCUACAUGACCAGGAGUCAAGUUAUCACCGAGCUGCUGGGACCACGGAUGUCCCCAUUCUUUCUUCCCGUCCUAGCCAUCUACCUGCCCAUCUUCGUGACGGGAGUCGUGGGAAACUUCUUGACGUGCAUCGUCAUCUCGCGUCACAGACUCAUGCGCACACCCACAAACUUCUACCUCUUCAGCUUGGCCGUGUCGGACCUGCUCGUGCUCGUGCUGGGCAUGCCCCUAGAGUUGUACGAAAUGUGGGAGAACUACCCGUCACUGUUCGGCGAGGGCGGCUGCUACUUCAAGACGAUGCUCUUCGAGACCGUCUGCUUCGCCUCCGUCCUCAACGUGACGGCGCUGAGCGUCGAGCGCUACAUCGCCGUGGUCCACCCGCUCAAGGCCAGGUGGCUGGUCACCAGGACGCAUGCCAGGCGAGUGAUCGCGUGCCUCUGGGUGGCCUCCGUCUGCUGCUCCGUGCCCAACACGAGCCUGCACGGCAUCCACUACCUGCGGUCUCCCCUGGGCGAGCCCUACGAGGAGUCCACCAUCUGCAUCGUCACGCAGCCGCGCUGGAUCUACAACGUCGUGGUGCAGCUCACCGCGCUGCUCUUCUUCCUCGUGCCCAUGGCCACCAUCAGCGUGCUUUACCUGCUCAUCGGCAGGCAGCUGCGCCGGGAGAAGAGCCUGGCUGUGCCCCACGAGUGCGAGGGACGCGGCGCGUUCAAAAACCAGAGGAUUCGGACGAACAGGUCCAAGUGUCGGCAAGUCACGAAGAUGCUGUACGUCUUGGUGAUCGUGUUCGGCAUCUGCUGGGCGCCUUUCCACACCGACCGUCUAGUGUGGAGCUUCGUCCACCGGUGGACAGAGGACAGCCACGGCAUGUUCCAGUGCGUCCACCUCGUCUCGGGUGUCUUCUUCUACCUCAGCUCGGUGGUGAACCCCGUCAUCUACAACCUGCUGUCCACACGCUUCCGCGACAUGUUCAGGGAGGUGAUGUGCCGCAGGCGAGCUCCGCGCGACCCGCGGCACUUCGCUGCGCGAGACGUGCCCUGGGCCACGGGGAAGGCCGCACGGGGCCGCUCCGCCACCACCACCGCCACCACCACCACCACCACCGCCGUUACCGCCGCCGCCUGCGUGGAGGUCGUGGGCAAGAUCGACGCGAAGGGCUUCAGCUGCAGCAGCGGCGGCGGUGGCACGCGGGAUGAAGCGGAGACGAGCUUUAAUUGA